AUGCGCGAGCUCGUGCACAUCCAGGGAGGACAAUGCGGAAACCAGAUCGGUGCCAAGUUCUGGGAAGUCAUCGCCGACGAGCAUGGCAUUGACCCUACAGGCACCUAUCACGGGGACUCUGACCUCCAGCUUGAAAGGAUCAACGUGUACUUCAACGAGGCGACGGGCGGUCGCUACGUGCCUCGUGCCGUCUUGAUGGACCUUGAACCAGGCACCAUGGACAGCGUUCGUGCUGGACCUUUCGGCCAGCUCUUCCGCCCCGACAACUUUGUCUUUGGGCAAACUGGGGCCGGAAACAAUUGGGCUAAAGGACAUUACACGGAAGGUGCCGAGUUGAUCGACAGCGUGCUGGAUGUGGUGCGAAAGGAGGCGGAGGGCUGCGACUGCCUGCAGGGCUUUCAGCUCUGCCACUCGCUGGGCGGAGGCACGGGCGCGGGCAUGGGCACGCUGCUGGUGUCGAAGGUGCGCGAGGAGUACCCUGACAGAAUCAUGGAGACAUUCUCCGUCAUCCCGAGCCCAAAAGUCUCCGACACGGUCGUGGAGCCAUACAACGCUGUGCUGAGCUUCCACCAGCUCGUGGAGAACUCCGACGAGUCUUUCUUGUUGGACAACGAGGCAUUGUACGACAUCUGCUUCCGCACGCUCAAACUGACGACGCCGACCUAUGGCGAUUUGAACCACUUGGUGUCCGCGGCCAUGAGCGGCGUCACCUGCUGCCUGCGCUUCCCCGGGCAGCUGAAUUGCGACCUGCGGAAGAUCGCCGUGAACCUGGUGCCCUUCCCGCGACUGCACUUCUUCAUGACGGGCUUCGCCCCUCUGACGUCCCGCGGCUCGCAGCAAUACCGGGCCCUCACGGUUCCUGAGCUUACGCAGCAGAUGUUUGACGCCAAGAACAUGAUGUGCGCUGCUGAUCCCCGCCACGGCCGCUACCUGACGGCAGCAGCGCUCUUCCGUGGACGGAUGUCCACCAAGGAGGUAGACGAACAGAUGCUGAAUGUCCAGAACAAGAACUCAUCCUACUUCGUGGAGUGGAUCCCGAACAACAUCAAGGCAUCCGUCUGCGACAUCCCUCCGAAAGGCCUGAAGAUGGCUGUGGCCUUUGCGGGCAACUCCACCGCAAUCCAGGAGAUGUUCAAGAGGGUCGCCGAGUACUUCACGGCCAUGUUCCGGCGCAAGGCCUUCUUGCACUGGUACACGGGCGAGGGCAUGGAUGAGAUGGAGUUCACAGAGGCCGAGUCCAACAUGAACGACCUCGUUUCGGAGUAUCAGCAGUAUCAGGACGCGACCGCGGAGGAGGAAGGGGAGUUCGACGAGGAGGAGGGCGAGUAUGACGGCUGA